AUAAAAAGGUCAGCUUCCCGCAGUCUUGAUCCAGGUGGUUGCCUCCUUCCCCAGGCUUGUUUGUCUGAAAGGAAACAAAGUGCUGCAGACUAGGGUGUCCGAGGCGUCGCCCCCCCAUCCGCUGCCAAUAACAGCGUUUCCCGUGGGUGAUGGAGACUACAACCCCCAAGGUGCAGAAAACUGGCGGCCAGGCCUGCGACCCCUCUCUGCCCAACCGGGGCUCCCGACCUCUUGCGGGAGAAGGAGGAGUGGCGAGAGCUCUACGCCCGUUCGGUGGCUUAUAUAAACAAAGUACGGAGCCUAGAGAGCGAGAAUAGCCUGCUGCAGCUGCAGGUGACUGAGCGCUGGGUCGCGAGAACUUGCCGGGUUCAAGGCGCUGUAGGAGACCAAGCUCGCGGAUACCUACCGGGCAACAGUGCCAGCAAGACGGCCCAGCUGCAGAAAGAAGUGGGCGCGUUAAGGACAGAACACAAUCAGCUGCAGCUUAAUAUAGUACCUUUCCUCUACUUGCAAUAACAGUAAAGAGGAGAAGCCAGAAGAAAUAAAGAGUAAUGGAUGAAGAAAUAAUAGGUGUGAAUUCUACUGCAAAACAGAUACAACGAGUGGAAAACCCAAAUAACAUUGAUGGAAUUUAAUCAGUCUCUGCUGCUAGGUGAAGAUCCAGCAUGGGAGACGAGCCGUUUGGGGAGCGGACUGGAUCCAGCUUUGUGCACCAUCACGACCAGAUAUUUGAUGAUGACAGAACCCCAUUAGGAGCACUACAAAUUGAUGCGUCUUGCCCUACAUGGGAAGGGCAGCGAUGCCAAGGCAAAGCAGCCAUCGUGGAGAAGUUGUCUAGCCUUCCAUUUCAGAAAAGACAACGUAGCAUCACAGCCACUCCUGACGGCUGCAUUCUUGGUAUGAUUGUGGGACAGCUAAAGGCUCGUGAAGACCCCAUCAUGGGAUUCCACCAGAUAUUUCUAUCAAAGAACAUCACUGAUGCUUGGGUCUGCACCAAGGCCAUGUUAAGGCUGGCGUGCCACAACUUCAGCUGAACCCACGCUGUUUCCUUCUCUCUCUUCUUCCUGACAGUAUUCACACUUCCUCUCCCCAGCAUCCUCAGAACACUCCUGGGCCUCAGUGGGUGGAUACCAUCCCUUUGUGUUGUGCUAGACUAGCUGCCUCUAACAGAAGUUUGUGUUGUACCAGCGCAUGCCUUAGAAAGACUAAUGCAAAAGGCUGUCUUUUUUUUCCUUUAAUGCACCCACAAGUUGCUCUAGUCACCCAAAGAAACAAAGGAGAAAGCAGCAGCUUCAGGUGCGGCCAGAUACUGAUGUCUUCAGAUGUUCCAAUGCCUCAUGGAAGAAAACCAUGAAAAUUUUCUUUUAAAAAAUAGUCUAUCUUGAGAACUCUUGUCAGAGCCUCGCUGAACGAGUGGUUAUUGCCACUAAUUCUAUAUACUUUUUCUAGCUGGAAACUUGCCUGGUAGCUGCAAAGAAGCAAUUGGCAGAUGAAGCCUAAUUUAAGGUGGAUUUCGAGAACUCUUGUGAAAGGAGAGUUUUGGAAGGCAAUAGGAUUCCAAGCAGAGUGUCACAGAAUGCUGCGAAGCAAGACUGACAGGGGUUAACCCUGGUUAGACGUUUGAGAGCGGGGGAUUGCUGGGAUACCAAGUCGGGGAGUUGUUCCUUGACUCUGGAGGGACAACCAGUUCCAAAAGUCCUGUUCCAACCCUUCAAAAGGGAAAAUCGUUCCUGAAAGAGAUUUUAACAAGAGCCUGAAUACGGCUGAGACUUGUAACUCUCCUGCGACACUGAAGGGCAAGAUCUGAGAGGAAGCUGAUUGAACUGCUCAGUUAGCCUUUGGGGCUUAUCCCCCAAGGUAGAUAGCUCCGGAAGCCUGACGUCAUACCUAUUCAAACUACAACCUAGAGACUUGUUCCUGCGUGGGUUUAGCCUAGGUUUAGCUAAGAAUAGAAGGGAAACGAUCUGGCAGAGUAUAUUCAGAAUAGCCUCGAUUUUGAUUGAGUACCGAAGAGACUUUACCUCAGUCAGCUGGCGUGCUACUAAGUUAGCUUUAUUAGAGAUAGGGAAUUACCCACAACCCCCUUCCCUUAUCCCGUACCCAGGCACCAACUUUAUUAAACCUUAUCUUAAAGAA